AUGUGGCCGAUACUGUUCCGAGAUGCUGGCUCGGUCGCGAAGAAGUCAUAUGCCUUGAUCGAAUCAAGGCUAUUCUCAGCUUCCAAUGCGUAUCUGAAGGGUGGCUCCUCAAGGAAUAUGGUAGAAAAUGAGCGAAGGAAGCGACUUAGACGAACCAAUCAAGAGUGGCAUCAGAGAAUGAACGCCUACAAGCGUAACUACAUGCGCCGCGUGCAUGAGAUGAAUCCAGAUUUUGCAGAGAAGGAACUCGAAAGGCACAGAGAGCUAUAUGCCACCAAUCCCCAGCACAAGCUCUCAUGCCUCAUUUCAGCAUGGGUCAGAAACGACCGGUGGGCAUGGGUUUGCGAGCUCCCUUGGAAAACGCAUCGCCCCGUGAUUCAUACAACUCCAGUUCAGCAUCGGUGUGAGUCUUGUGGUCUUACAAGACUACGCGGCUUACGCUUCGUUUGGCAGUCUAUUACCCAGCCACAUUCGUACAGCUGUCAUGCUUGUUAUAUGAAGCAAGAAUCCGAAGUCUGUAUGCCCAAAGGAUACGAGGACGUCCGCGGAAUGAGAGCGCUUGUCGCGCGAAAGAGACAACUUGACGAGCUGAAUUCUAAAGCAUCACGAGCUGAAGACACCAUUGACGGCGGGAAAAAAUAG